CAAGACGACAAAGUGACGCUUGCCCGCACGCUGUCAUUGAUCUACCAGCGAGCACUUCUAUAGGUCGGCAUCUUUGUCCAGGUCCCCAGAUUCCCAUCGAUCCAUACCACCCUCGAAAACGCGUGCCUGCAAACUUCUAUCUAUCACACCACUCCCCGACCGAAACCAAUUGACAACGCACACAAUGUCCCCCCUCUCGGUCCCUAAGAUAUUCAUGGCUGGUGGGUUGUCGGGCUUCGGCUACUACCUAUACAUGCGACAAUACUGGUUCCCGAACCCGUACAAAACACAGGGCGUCCAGAACAUCGAGGACCGCUUCUCAGCCGGCGGCGGAUCCCCCACACACACGCCAGCAGGGGGAAGCAAACGUGGAAGUUCGACGGACAACGCAGGCAGACAGGAAGUGAAUAAAGGCCCAGAAUCAGAGCACUAUAAGAAGAACAUUUCGGAUCAGUAGACCCGUCUAGCCGCAGGAGUUCUAUGAGUAAUUGUACAACAAUACCAAGGGGAAAUAAGGCAUCUCACCAUAGCGGAUGAGUGGGUAAAAAACAAAAAGGCAUGGGCAUUACAAGGGGACCUCAAGGGUUCGACAAUAAGCCGUGGUCAUCUGAUGUAUCAGGUUCGGGGCGUUUUUGAAUGCGAGAUGGGUGCGCACAGCAUCCUUCAUAUGCAAGAUCUCAUCUACGACUGCUCAAUGGCAGUAGUGAGUGAUGCAGAUAGUAAAUGUUUAACUUUCUGACUUCCA